UGAACUGUCCCUUUAAACGGGGAAGCUGAAGUGGGAAGUAAAACUCAGGUUGCUUGACAGCAGUGAUUACCGCUUUCAGCUCGUGUUCGCUGUUAUAUCGAUAAACAGUGUGCAGUGAUGAUGGUUCAAUAAGCGAUAAUUUUAAUGCGGUGAAGUGAGAGCUGUAGAUUAGGCUAACGAUGCUAAGAUAGCACCAAUUAUCUGAUGCGUUCCUGCGUUGAAUGAAUAUGUGACUCUUCAACCUUCCCAGGAUUAAAUACCCGCACUUUCAAUUGAAACAGAAUUGGUUUUUGUUUUGUUUUUUUUUACUUCAGACCUGCAUUUAAACAUUUAAGCAUGGAGACGUUUGAAAGCGAAAGAGCUCCACUGCCCAGGAACAUGAUUGAGAACAGCAUGUUUGAGGAAGAGCCAGAUGUGGUGGAUUUGGCGAAGGAGUCCCCUUCCUACCCCAUCGACUCAGACGAUGCGGUCUAUGAACCCCGCAGCUCGCGACUGUUAGUCCGAGGCCUUGGAGAAAACGACCUGGAUGAAGAUGAGGAAGAUUACGAAUCAUCUGCCCGUCUUCUUGGAAUGUCCUUCAUGAAUCGCAGUUCCAACCAGCGCGGCGUCGCCUCAUCCUACACCCGCCAGCAGUACUCUGGAUCGUGCUCGAAGCCUUCGACUAAGACAACGGUGGUAGGUGUUCUCAUCCUGGUGCUGGUGGCCUCCAUGAUUAUGGUCGUCUACUUCCUUCCAGGCUGCACUUUUACCAGAAAAGGCUGCAAGAAGUCCAAUUCGACCAUGGACAGCAUCUAUCCAAUUUCCACAAGUGGUGAACUUUUCCCAUGGACCGAGUUGAGGUUACCGCCCAGUGUGCAUCCUGUGCAUUACAAUAUUUCACUCCAUCCCAACCUGACCUUCAUGACCUUCCAAGGCAGUGUAUCCAUCUUGGUGCAAGUUUUGCAUGAAACAAAGAAUAUUGUCCUUCACAGUUCUGAUUUGAACAUAAGCAAGGUCUCUUUUGACGGUAAAGAGGUCCACGUCCUGGAGUACAAACCGUUGCAGCAAAUCGCCAUCAAAUUUCCAGAAGAUCUUAAGAAGGGACAGUAUGUUUUGAACAUUGAUUACACAGCAAAGCUCUCCAACAGCUAUGAUGGCUUCUACAACAGCUCAUAUGUUGACACAAAUGGUACAAAAAGAGUUUUGGCCGCUACUCAGUUUGAGCCCUUGGCUGCUCGCAAGGCUUUCCCUUGUUUUGACGAGCCAGCUUUGAAAUCAACUUUUACAAUUAAGAUGACCAGAGAACGCAAGUACAUCAGCCUUUCAAACAUGCCCAAGGUCAAAACCACAGAUUUAAAAAAUGGGCUUCAAGAAGAUGAGUUUAAGGAAAGUGUUACAAUGAGCACUUACCUAGUUGCAUUUAUUGUGGCUGAAUUCAUCGGUGUCAGUAAUAAUGUCUCUAAUACUACGGUGUCUGUAUAUGCCGUUCCAGACAAAAAGGAUCAAGUGCAGUAUGCUCUGAACACAUCUUGUAAACUGUUGGAGUUCUACAAUGCAUUCUUUGACAACGUUUACCCGUUAAGCAAGCUGGAUCUAGUUGCCAUUCCUGACUUCCUCGCUGGAGCCAUGGAGAACUGGGGACUGAUCACAUUCCGUGAAACCACUUUGCUAGUAGGGAGUAAUUCUUCCUCUAUAGACAAGCAACUGGUGACCUCUGUCAUUGCUCAUGAACUUGCACACCAGUGGUUUGGAAAUCUUGUCACUAUGAGUUGGUGGAAUGAUCUUUGGCUUAAUGAAGGAUUUGCAACCUACAUGCAGUACAUGUCGAUUGAAACUGUGUUCCCAGACCUUGAUAUGGACACUGAAUUCUUAAAGGUUCGCUUUGAAGCGCUGGCCAAAGAUGCAUUGAACUCAUCCCACCCAGUGUCCACUGUGGUGAGCACCCCUGAGCAGGUGGAAGAGAUGUUUGACGCUGUGUCUUAUGAGAAGGGGGCUUCAAUACUGCUGAUGCUCAAUGCAACACUCACAGAUGGGGAGUUUCGAAAAGGAGUGAUCGAGUACUUACAAAAGUAUAACCUAUCAAACACAGAAAGUGAAGACUUAUGGAACAGUCUUUCCCAGGUGAGCAAACAAAACUUAAAUGUAUCUGAGAUGAUGAACACCUGGACUGUUCAUAAGGGCUUUCCUCUGGUCACAGUGGAAAGAAAAGGCACUCUAGUGACACUGACACAAGAACAUUUCCUUCUAAACGCUGAAAACAGCACGGACGACAGCAGCCUGUGGCACAUUCCUCUGACGUAUGUUAAUGACAGCUGUAGUUUUCUCAGCUCCUGCAAGCAAGUGUUCCAUCUCAAGGACAAAACAGCCACAUUAAUGCUUCCAGAUCAGGUGAAGUGGUUGAAGUUCAACUUCAGGAGUGAUGGUUUCUACAUAGUGCAUUAUGAUGAUGAGGGAUGGAAGAACUUGAUUGAUGCUUUAAAGAAGGAUGUGAAUGUCCUCUCCUGUAAAGACCGAGCAGCUCUCAUCAAUAACAUCUUUGCUCUCUCUAGAUCGGGCAAGGUGUCUUUCAGAGAGGUCUUAAAUCUAAUGGAGUACAUCAGAAGUGAGACAGACACGGCUCCCCUGACUGAAGCUCUCUUCCAGCUUGGUCAGAUCUUCAGGUUGCUGGACAAACGAUCAGAUUUUGACUUGGCCUCUAGAAUGACGAGUUACAUUGAUCAGCAUUUUGGAAAUUUAAUGACAAAUCAGUCAUGGGAUCUGGAAUCUUCUGUGUCAAAGAUGACGCUUCGGUCUGCCCUGCUGGAGAUGGCAUGUUCCCUUAACAUAGGGAACUGCCCAACACAGGCCAAGCAUCUGUUUGAUCAGUGGCUCACUUCCAACAAGACUUCUCAGAUUCCCAGCGAUCUCAUGAGAACAGUCUUCAGAGUUGCUGCUCAGACAGAUGAAGGAUGGGGUACGCUUCUAGACACGUAUAAAACCUCCAUCAAUGACCAAGAGAAACGAAAGACACUGGAUGGUUUGGCCAGCACUCAGGAUCUACGGAAAAUCAUUUGGAUUCUACAUAACAGUCUUGAUGGAAGUGAGAUUCAAACUCAAGAAUUUCCUUUGGUGAUCAACACAAUAUGCAAGAACUUUGCUGGCUACCUCUACGCUUGGGAUUUUUUGAAGGAAAACUGGGAUAAAAUCACUCAGAAGUUUCCUGUUGGAUCCUUUGCCAUUCGGAGUAUCAUCAUGUCAGCAACCAGUCAGUUUUCCACAAAAACACAUCUCACAGAGACCCAGAACUUCUUCUCUUCUCUGGGGACGAAAGGUUCUCAGAUGAGGAUCGUGCAGGAGGCCAUUGAGACCAUUAAGCUCAACAUGCGAUGGAUGGAAAAGAACUUGAACACGCUCCAGAUAUUCUUGUAGUGUGAGGAGGAGACGGCUCCUCUCUCGUGCUUGUCACUUUCUCAGGUGAUGUCACCGGGAACAUGCAGGUGUGAGUGAUAUUACCAUCACAACAGCCAGAGCCAUAAAUGUACAACUCAAGACAAAAGGGCAGAUUUGGGCAUAAAGGGCCGUUUAAAACAAACGGGCCGUUUGUUUUUUUCAGAGCAUCUAAUAUGGAUUUUUUUUUUUUUGAGUGCUCCAGUGAGUAGCCAGAAGCUUGCCAGAUAUCUGCCUGAAAAAAGUUAGCCUUUAAUACUAGCUUGUGUAAAUGAAUAUGCCUGGUUAUUAAUUGUAAAGCAUAUGCAUUAUCUUUCCUCCUAAGUUCUGAAUGAAAUAAAACCGCAUAUGAUUUCCUGUGUCAUAAAUUGAGUGUUAGUUGCUGCUUGGGAAGGCUCAUGCGUUGCCCUUUUGUGGUUCACUUGGGGCCCAACUCAGUAUGUUUAUGGCUCUGGCCUCAAGCAAUAUUUGCACUAUUCAAAGAUUCAGCUUGCUCAGGGCAAAUCUGGUUAUUGCUGAAAUAUCAUGAUGCAUUUAAACCCUUUUAAUUAACGUCAGCGGCUACAGACCAAAACCUCCCAUCUGUAUCUCUUAAAAAUGCCCUUAUCACGAAUUGCCAAAAAAUAAAAUUAUGAAAACUGAAAUGAUGCUACAUGGGUGUCAUCACAAUGCCCCUUUCUCCUAGAUCUAAAAGCUUUAUUUAUGUGUGUGGAGGUGAGGUUUUAAUAAUUUGCAUAGUCUGCAGUGCUUGAAUCCAGCACUGUGUAAAUGUUCUUGCCUUAGAGGUUUUUCAACUUUUGUCUUUUGCACAAAAUGUUUUUUUGGAGUUCCAUUUAGAAAUGAGUGUGUAUAUGAUGUCAUUCUUGCGCAGGCUUGAAUAUAGGUAAAAGUUUGACAUUGGAAAUAUUAUGUUAGAAUUUCUUAAACAUUUAGGUGUGGAUUUUAUUUGGGGUUUUGCGCUGCACAUUCUGAUGAAGCUGAAAUGUUUUACACUUCUGUUGUUGAAAUUCUGUGGGUUUUACCCAUAUGAUUUGAGAUGUAGAGAUAUGUUUGUUUGCAAGCCUUCAUGUACAGAGCUUUAGUUAAUAGUAAACCGUUUUUCUUAAAUUGCCACAAUGCAAUAAGGGGGCUCUAAAGUCAAAGCACUGAUUGAGAGUUGUUACAUUUUUCACUGGUUGCUACUGAUUUGUACUCCUCAAGGAUUGUAGGUUUAUGUGCGUGUGAUGUGUUUUCUUCACAGAUUUUCCUCACAGAUUUUCAUGCUAUUCAGGAAUUAAUUUAGAAUAUUUUGAAUGCUUUUAGUUGGUCAAAAAAUAUGGAGUCACGACCUUGCACAAAUAUAUGUCAAAUGCACAUUUAUCCGUAAUACAGUCCACAAAUACAGUGUGAAUAUCUGUGCAUUUGUAUGCAUGUAUUUUUUUAUAUAUAUUAUUUUAACUCCAUACAUAAAUGUUUAGUUAACUUCAUGGAGUGUGAGAAUCUGUGCUCACUUUCUACAGCUCAAAUGUUAAUACACUUUCAGGUUUUUGAUUCUAGCUCAGUGAUUUGACCUCAUAAAAUGUCAAAUAUGACUGGUACAUUGUAAUUAUUUUGAAUGUAGCAGUUGUAGCUUUGCUUAAUCGAAAGCUUUAUUCAUGUAUUUUUGGUAGAAAUGAAUAAGGACAACGACAGCAUUGUUACACUGUAAUGGACGUUUCUAAGCUGGUUGGAGUUACAGUUAUCGCUGAAUGUAUUCAUGUUUGUUACUAUAGAUCUGUUUAAACACAAGCGUUAUGAUUGUAAUUCCCUUGUAUCUGAAUUCAUCUGGAUAUGGUUAAUUAAACACGAUGUGUCAAA